AUGGCGGAACUGGACACGUUGGACAUCCUCGUCCUCGGAGUCAUCCUUUUGGGAAGCAUCGCCUACUUCACAAAGGGCUCGCUCUGGGGCAAGCAGAAGGACCCCUAUGCCGCCGCAAACAACGCCAAUGGCAUGGCCGCCAGGCCUGCCCGGACCAGAAACUUUGUCGAGAAGAUGGACGAGUCUGGCAAGAACUGCAUCAUCUUCUUUGGCUCGCAGACCGGCACCGCUGAGGACUAUGCCUCUCGUCUCGCAAAGGAGGGCAAGAGCCGCUUCGGUCUCGAGACCAUGAUCGCCGACCUGGAAGAAUACGAUUUCGACGCCAUGGAUACACUGCCCUCGGACAAAAUCGCCAUCUUCGUUCUGGCCACCUAUGGCGAGGGCGAGCCGACUGACAAUGCGGUUGAAUUCUUCGAGUACAUCAAGGAAGACGGUGUCAGCUUUUCGCAGGGCGACGAAGACGCCCCGCUGAGCAACCUCAACUACGUCGCCUUCGGUCUUGGCAACAACACCUACGAGCACUACAACACCAUGGUUAGAGAGGUCGACAGGCUCUUGACCAAGCUGGGCGCCCACCGUAUCGGCGCUGCUGGCGAAGGUGACGAUGGCGCUGGCACAAUGGAAGAAGACUUUCUGGCUUGGAAGGACCCCAUGUGGACUGCUCUCGCUGCCCACAUGGGCCUGGAAGAGCGCGAGGCCGUCUACGAGCCAAUCUUUGCCAUUUCCGACCGUGAAGGCCUGACUGCUGAGUCUCCUGAGGUGUACGUCGGCGAGCCUAACAAGAUGCACCUUCAGAACACCGCCAAGGGUCCUUUCAACGCCCACAACCCGUAUAUUGCCCCCAUUGCCGAGUCCUACGAGCUGUUCAAGGUCAAGGACAGGAACUGCAUCCACCUGGAAUUCGACAUCAGCGGCUCGACUCUUUCGUACACUACCGGCGACCACAUUGCCAUCUGGCCUACCAAUGCCGGCGAGGAGGUCGAUCGAUUCCUGCGCGUUACUGGCCUCACUGACAAGCGCGGCCAAGUCGUCUCUGUCAAGGCUCUCGAGCCCACUGCCAAGGUUCCCUUCCCUACCCCGACAACUUUCGACGCCAUCGUCCGUUAUCACCUCGAAAUCUGUGCUCCCGUCUCUCGCCAAUUUGUCUCCACUCUUGCCGCUUUCGCUCCCAACGAGGCCGUCCAGGCCGAGAUGAACAGACUGGGUAACGACAAGGACUACUUCCACGAAAAGACCGGCUCUCAGCUCUUCAACAUCGCUCGCCUCCUGGAACAUGUCAGCAACGGAGAGACCUGGGAUAAGAUUCCCUUUUCUGCCUUCAUCGAAGGCCUGAACAAGCUGCAGCCCCGUUACUACUCCAUCUCGUCUUCCUCUCACGUCCAGCCCAAGAAGAUUUCCGUUACUGCUGUUGUAGAGUCCUCCGUAGUAAUGGGACGAAAGGAUCCUUUCCGUGGUGUCGCCACCAACUACCUGCUGGCCUUGAAGCAAAAGCAAAACGGAGACGCCAACCCAUCGCCCUUUGGUAUGACCUACGAACUCCACGGUCCCCGCAACAGGUACGACGGCAUUCAUGUCCCUGUUCAUGUCCGCCACUCCAACUUCAAGCUGCCCUCCGACCCUGCCAAGCCCAUCAUCAUGAUUGGUCCCGGAACUGGUGUUGCUCCCUUCAGAGGUUUCGUCCAAGAGAGAGCUCAGCAAGCCCGCGAAGGCGCAAACGUUGGACGCACGAUGCUGUUUUUCGGCUGCCGUAAGAGCACAGAGGAUUUCAUGUACGAGGAAGAGUUUGCGGAAUACAAGAAAGCUCUUGGCGACAAAUUUGAAUUGGUUACUGCCUUUUCUCGAGAGACUUCCAAAAAGGUUUACGUCCAGCACCGUCUCAAGGAGCGAGCCGCCGAAGUCAACGAGCUUCUCUCUCAAAAGGCCUUCUUCUAUGUCUGCGGUGAUGCCGCUAACAUGGCUCGCGAAGUCAACACUGUCCUUGCGCAAAUCAUUGCCGAGGGCCGUGGUGUGUCCGAGGCCAAGGCAGAGGAGAUUGUCAAGAACAUGAGAGCAGCAAACCAGUACCAGGAGGAUGUCUGGUCAUAA